CAUUGUGACAGUCUGCAAAACGUACGCAAGUACUGCUAGUUCACGAAGUUCAGUUCACAACUUUGGCCAUUGGGCAAUGGAUCGUUGGAAGGGAAGGGUAGCUCUGGUGACUGGUGCUUCAGUCGGUAUAGGCGCUGCUAUUGUCAGAAAACUUGUCCAACAUGGAAUGAAGGUGGUGGGGUGUGCGAGAGGCGUUGAGAAAAUACAGGCCCUGGCAGAUGAGCUGAAAGAUAAGGAUGGAACUUUGCUACCAAUCAAAUGUGAUCUCUCCAAUGAAGAGGAAAUACUGUCCAUGUUCAAAACAAUCAAACAGACCUGGGGUGGUGUUGAUGUGUGCAUUAAUAAUGCUGGUUUGGCACUCAAUGCACCAUUGCUCAGUGGAGCAACAGAGCAGUGGAAAACCAUGUUAGAUGUCAACAUAAUGGGUCUGUGCAUCUGUAGCCGUGAAGCAUUCAAAUCAAUGAGAGUAAGAAAGGUUGAUGAUGGACAUAUAAUACUUAUUAGCAGUAUGUCGGGACAUCGUGUUAUACCAUCAGCAGCCAUCCAUUUCUAUUCAGCUACCAAGUAUGCUGUAACAGGCAUUCUUGAAGGGCUGAGGAAUGAAGUCCGAGCUCUGAAGACCAAUAUAAGAAUCAGUGCAGUCAGCCCAGGUGUAGUGGAAACAGAAUUUGCAUACAGGCUUCAUGAAGGGCAAGAGGAAAAGGCGAAAGCCAUAUAUUCCAAGGCUCCUGUUCUUCAGGGAGAAGAUAUAGCAGAUGCUGUGAUCUAUGCAUUGUCUGCACCACCACAUGUUCAGGUCCACGACAUUCUCCUACGUCCAACAUCACAGGUUUCUUAGGGACAACAAUUAGUCAUCACCAGAUGAACAGAUAAAAGUGGAAGGACAGGUGGACUAUCUAGGAAUACAUUGAUUUAAACCUUUACACUAAUUUUUUGAUAAAAUUUAGUAAUUUGUUGUAGUAUGUCAUUUUAAAAAGCUUUUAGACUUAUUUUUUCACAUAUUCCCAUUCACCACAGUGACUUCAAUAUUAUUUUGAGCAAUAUUUGCUGUUUGUGGUACAUUGUGAUAUGCUUUGCAUGGCAGAUUUGUCUGUGGAUGAUGCCCUGUGUUGGACGGUAACCAUUUAUCAGACGUGAUCAUGUGUAACAAUUUCAAUUAACAUUUCUUUAGAGUGCCAAUUACCAUUCAUUACCAGCUGGGAGGCUGAACGACUUAAGUCUUAUUCCUUUUAGGUUUAAAUCAUUAAAUAGGCAUACUUUCUGAUUAAUUUGAAUAAACUACCUCAUUUCAAAUACUGUUAUUAUUUACCCUAAGUCAUGUAUAGAUAUUAAAUGAGCACACGAACAUUAAGUGGUGCCUUGACAUGAAA